UCACACGCUCAACCACGCUAACCGACAACAAGGGUCUCAAGAUGCCUGCACACAAGGUAUUCUCUUCCUGCAUCCGCUACCUGAAGGAUCACCUUGUCAACUUGCAAUCUGUGACUGGGAAGGGCCUGAUGUUCAUUGAGAUGCACUGGGUGCUUACCGUGCCCGCCAUCUGGGGCGACUCAGCAAAACAGUUCAUGAGAGAGGCCGCCGUUGAGGCGGGCAUUGCGACAGAGAAUCUGUCGCUGGCUCUGGAGCCGGAAGCUGCCGCCCUGUAUUGCCGCUACCUGCCCAUGGAGAAGGUGGUCGACUCGUCUGGCAAAGCGUCAAUUGAAUCCUUCGCGCCUGGCAAACGCUACCUCGUGCUGGACGCUGGGGGUUUAUAGACUGUUUUUGCUUAAUCUAUUAUAGUUAAACAUAAAAUAAAUUGUAAUAUUGUGAAUUAGAAUUUAAGAUACCGUGAUUUAGCUUCGUUAGUAAGAAACCCGCUACUUACAAAACACAUCAAAA